CACAACUAUGACUCAGGCCCCGCCCCUACGGACGCAUGCUUGGAAGACAUGCGCUUUGCGGCAAAGUCCUCCUUUUCUCCACACACGCUUCUAAGCCUCGCCACAUCUCCUCACAUCGCUACUAACUACACUUUAUUCAUCUUCCGUGUCAGGAUAAACUCCACUCGUCUCAGCCACAUUUGGACAUUAUUAGGCCCGUUUAGCUUGAUAGUUGUUUGAGCGCGCCAAUUAGCUUAGCAUGCUAGUUAACUUAGCUUGUUAGCCGCUAACAAAGAGACGCGGAUUUGAUCAACACAUCGCUUAGUUAAGAUCAAGUGUGAGUGUAAAGUGUUGUGAUUGUGUGAAAAUGUGCGAAAGAACGAUAGAAAAGUAUGAGGAGGAACUUUGUUGUGUGAAAAUGUGCGAAAGAACGAUAGCAGAGUACAAAGAGGAACUUUCUCGAACAAAAGAAGAGAACGAGAGACUACGUCAACUAUUGGAGGCUGUUUUCAAGAAAGCUCAAGUUGUGUUACACAGAACAGACGUCUGUGAAAAAUAUCGCCCACCUGAGCAGCAGGAGGGGUCCUCCAGUAUGAAGCAGAAGAAGUCACAGUACCUCCACGUGAAAGAAGAGGAGCCACAGCCCCCCUACUUUAAAGUGGAGGAAAAACAGCGGCUGUACCCCCACUUCAUAGAGGAAGACAAGAGACACCUCAUCAGUGUGAAGAGUCAAGGUGAUGAGGUCAAAGGUGAAAGUGAGGAGAAAAGAGAGGCGGAGCCUCCAAGCAGCAGUUUAGCAGAAGCUGAUGGAGACCACUGUGGAGGAUCACAAGCAGACAAGCUCUUAGCUCCACUAUCAGAUAGUGAGGACACAACGUCACACUCUCCUGACACUGAUGAUGAAGACUCUAAAGAUGAUAAGACAUGUCACACUGACAACACUCACUUCACAUCUUCUCACUCUCACAAAACUUUUAAAUACCAUUGUAGUCUGAAAAGACACAUGAGAACACACACCGGAGAAAAACCUUUUUCUUGUUCACUCUGUAGUAAAGGUUUUGCACAAAGUUCAAGUUUGGUAAAACACAUGAGAACACACACUGGUGAAAAACCUUUCUCUUGUUCAACCUGUGGUAAAGGUUUUAGAGAAAGUCAACAUUUGAAAUCACACAUGAGAACACACACUGGUGAAAAACCUUUUUCCUGUUCAAUCUGUGGUAAAGGUUUUAGAGAAAGUCAAAAUUUGAAAAGACACAUGAAAAUACACACCGGAGAAAAACCUUUUUCCUGUUCAAUCUGUGGUAAAGGUUUUAGAGAAAGUCAACAUUUGGAGGUACACAUGAGAACACACACGGGUGAAAAACCUUUUGUCUGUUCAAUCUGUGGUAAAGGUUUUACACGAAGUCACUAUUUGAAAGUACACAUGAGAACACACACUGGUGAAAAACCUUUUUCCUGUUCAAUUUGUGGUAAAGAUUUUAGAGAGAGUAUAUAUUUGAAAAGACACAUGAAAAAACACACUGGAGAAAAACCUUUUGUCUGUUCAAUCUGUAGUAAAGAUUUUACAGAAAGUCGAUGGUUGAAAGUGCACAUGAGAACACACACGGGUGAAAAACCUUUUGUCUGUUCAAUCUGUGAUAAAAGUUAUACACAAAGUCAGAGUUUGAAAAGACACAUGAGAACACACACUGAAGAAAAAUCUUUUUUCUGUUCAACCUGUGUUGAAGGUUUUACAAGAAGUACAGAUGUGAAAGCACACACUAGAACACACACUGGUGAAAAAUCACAUUCCUGUUGAAUCAGCAACAGAAGCUUUUGUUCACAAUCAAAGCUUGUAGCACACAUGAGAAGACACCCAGGAGAGAAAGUGUUGAGUUGCAGUGUGUGUGGUGAAAGAUUGUCUUCUAAGUACCAGUGUAAGAAACACAAGUGUGCUGGUGAGAACAGCAGCAGCAAAUGAAACUGCAGGAUUUGAAAUAAACUGUCCAGACUUUCAUUUUGACUUUCUAACAACAUCAGCACAUAUAACAUGUGUGACAUUGUUGUUUGUCCAACAAUCUUUUUAAUAUGCUUCUACAUUUAUAGAUUACAUAGUUUGAAAUAUAAAAUUAUUACUUAUUUGUACUUCUAAUUGUUAAUAAUCCCAUAGAUUAUCACCUUUAUAUGAUAUACAUAUGUACUGGUUCACAUCUGAAACAUCUUCUGGACCACUUCAGGAAGCAUAUUAUUAUUUACUUUAUACAUCAUUUGAACAGUUGUCUUUUAUACAAUUUUAAAAUGUGUCUUUUUAAACCAUUUGUUGGGUCUCUAUUCAUCCAUUUUAUUCAUUAUCGUUAUUACUCUGUAUUAUGAUGAUUGUGUUGUGAUUGUUUUAUAUGUAUGUCCCCAGACCUUUAUGCAGUAUAAAAGUGAGAGAAAAUGGCUGAGUUGUGUGUGAAAAGAUGGUUUUGUUUUUACAAACUUACAUUUGUGGAUACAUCAAAUAAAUCCAGCAUUGUGUUUUAAACAUUUUUUUCAAUGUUUUUUUUUUUUUUU